AUGGCAACACCGAGAAAGGCUUCGAACAGGCCGAAGAAACGGACUUUGGUCCGCUGGGACGAAAAUCUGAACGAACUCCUUCUAUUGACUGUCCAGUCCGUUUGCAAUACAAAGUCAAUCAAGAUUCCUUGGGCCGAUGUCGCUAAUACCAUGGGUCAUAAUGUGACGGAGGGCGCAAUCGUACAGCACCUUGCAAAGCUUCGCAGUCGUCGAGUCUCUGCAGAUAAGGCUGUCCCUCCUCCCCUUCGACGUGGUGCUACUGCUAUACCCAAGUCUGCUGAAGAAACGCCCAUAAAGAGCGUCGCAGACGAGGAACCAAAGCCGAAGGGCAGCUCCAGUAAGAACAAUGGCUUUGGGUCCCGUGGUAAACCUCGACACCAGAAUACAUCCUCGGACGAAGAAUGGGUCCAAGGAAGGCCUCCAAGAUCACGAAGGCUGCGAAAAAGAAGAAAGUCGGCGGUCAAGGUUGAGGAGAGCUCUUCAGGGUCUGAGAAGAGUGAAAGCGAUGACGAAGAUAAGCGCAGCAGUGUAGCCAGUUCCGAUGAGCUUUUGGUUCGUGGUGCAAAAUUCCUCGAAUACCCUAAUGACGCAGAAGGACCACAGAGUAAGAUCGUGACACUCAAAUACCGUCGUCCUUCUGCGGCCCAGGCAGGCAAUGCACCCUCCAAAUCUCUGGAUUUGGCCAAUGACACCACCAAUGUCAAUCCUUCCCUUGUUCUGUCGUCCAGGCAACCCAGAAUCCCUUUUGAAAAUGAUCCCGAUAUGAUGGACUUGUUGCCACACAACCUACCAAAUCGUUAUGUAUCCGGGCAUACCUCCAAUGAACUGCCUACACUACCUCCAGAAGAGCACAUCUCUUCAGAUGAUUUGUGGAACACUGCACUCGCCCCGCCGUUUCCAACAGGCAUGGUCUACUCAGGCUCAAAUCCCACUUUCGAAGCGAUUGUAAAUGACCCUUUAGGAUUCUCCCAAGAAGACAUCGAUAGAUAUCUCACCUUUGAUUCUGGCAGCUAUCCGCAUAUGCCCACCAGUUAUGGCAGGUCAGACCCGCCAUUGAACGACUUUGACAUGGAUGAGGACAUGAACUGA